GAAAUCUUCGGUUAAAGGAGAUUUAAAAAUGGCAACUCCAGCAAAGAAACCACGUGAUGAAAAUACACCAAAUCUUGAUCAAAACAAAAAUGACAAUGUGUACGCAGAUGAUAAAUCUAACUGCAAAAAGAGGGCAGAUGCAUUUCUCAAGUGGUUUUCUUCUAAUGCUGAUAAUUUUUUCAAUGAAAAGGUAACCAUUGGACCAGAUGGCUCCUGUGCUCAGAAUGGCAUGGUGGCUCUUAGUGACAUAAAAGAAGGAGAAUGUCUUUUUCAAAUUUCCAGAAAAAUUCUUCUUCAUCCAAAAACAUGCAGUAUUUCAGAAUUACUUGAAAAAGACCCUGUUAACAGUGAGAGUGGAUGGUCAGAACUGUUGAUUUGUAUGAUGCAUGAAUACAAAGCCCAGAAGUCCCAGUGGAAAAGCUACUUUGAUGUGUUACCAGAAUCGGUGGAUUUACCAAUGUUUUGGACAAAAGAAGAGAGGGAGCAGCUACUGACAGGGACAGGAGUUGUGGAAGCAGUGAACCGUGACAUUGAAAAAAUUCAUAAAGAAUUCCAAUCAAUUGUCUCCCCUUACAUAAAAAAGCACAAAGACAUCAUCAGUCCAGGAUGUGACGACAUAGAUUUAUACAAGAGGAUGGUGUCAUAUGUAAUGGCAUACAGUUUCACAGAGCCACCAAAGGACGAUGACAGUGAUGAUUUUACAGAGGAGGAAGAAGAAGAGAAGUCAAUCAUUUACAUGGUCCCCAUGGCUGAUAUGCUGAACCACAUAGCCAAGAACAAUGCUCAUCUGUCUUUUAAACCUGACUGCUUAGAAAUGGUGUCUACUAGGGCAAUUACCAAGGCAAGGGAGUUAAAUAACCAAGGAAUUAACUUUGCAUGGCCUAACUGGCAUCUACUGCAUCUACUCCACAUGUAUGGAUUCUCAGAAGCUUAUCCCGAAAACUACUUUGACACAGUAGACAUACCUCUGGACACUGUUCUAGACAUUGCUGAAGAGGAAGCAGAAAACAAAGACUUCGCAAAACAGAAAUCUACUUUCUUUAAACAAAAGCUUAUGGAGGAUUUGAUUGGUGACGUGGUGGUGGGAGCGAGUGGGAUUUUAACAGACGACAGAUUGUUCAUGGUGUUAAAGGUGAUGGAGAUGACCCCAUCACAGUUCGCUAUUUAUGAGGAGGAGUGUGAGGAGGGCUGGGAGGAGGAUCUAGAAGAGGACACAUCUGCCCUCGCAGACUUUGAUAAAAUGAAAGAUCUGAGCCAAUCUUGGAAAACUAUCAUCUCCAGGUCAGCCUCUUCCUGUUUAAGACGGUACACUUCCAGUCUACAGGAGGAUGAGGAGAAGUUAAAGCAGAUCAAGAACCUUAACUCACGGCAGCAAUAUUCACUUUAUCUGUGUUAUGGACAGAAAAUGUUACUACAGAAAUUAAUAAAUGCAUGCAAAUAAAAUA